CCCUCAUCCAAAGUCUUGCUCUGCUUUAACCUAAAAGCUGCUGCUGUUUGAGGAGAAGAAAGCCCAUAAACAAGAUGAGCAGCAGCUUUGGUGAUAACCUUUUUGACUAUUCACCUCCUCAAAGAUAUAUGCAGGGAAAUGAUUAUGGAAGCUUUACCUAUGGGCCACCUUGCUUGUACAGCCGAACGAGAACACAAUAUGGAUUUCCUCAAUUUCAUCAACAAGAAGAGUCUAUUGAUUGGAACACCAGGAACAGAACACAACCUGGAUAUCCUAACUCUCUUCUGUCAGAGCCUACUGAUUGGUACAGGAAUAGAAUACAACCUGAGUUUUAUCGGCCAGAAGGGCCUCCAUCCUUCCAGAACAACCAGAAUGGUUUCUUUCAGCAUUCAAGAUCGUCACUUAUUACGAGGAGAGUUAUAGAAGAUGCCAUGGAGGCAUUCGACGCAUUGCCGCCACAGAGAAUAUUUCCUCCACCAACCCGAACUGUAGCUUUUGAAGAUCGUUUAUCAGCAAACAGUUUUCCAACUCAACCCCGCCAACCAGCCCGUCAUUCUCCUCCCCCUGCUCAGUGGUCCAUACGCCCCCAUGGUAAUCCUCAAAACCAAAUAAACCAAUCCAAGCUAACUGCGGAUGGGCAGGAAAAGGUGUUAUGCAAACUAAAGAAAGAGAAGUACAAUCCGGCGGCAAGAACUGCCAUCCCGAAGGAGCGGGAUGAGAACUGGAAGAGAUGCUCCGUUUGCCUGGAAGAUUUCGAGCCGAGAGAAGAGGUGACUCUCACUCCUUGCCGCCAUAUGUUUCAUGAGGACUGCAUUGUCCCUUGGGUGACUAAGGAAGGAUCUUGCCCCGUUUGUCGGUUCGCGGUUAUUGAGAGAAGGCCUAAUCGAGACAGCUCAGCACGAGCCAACUCAGCACCACAAGACAACUCAGCACGUGACAGCUUAGCAACACGAGACAGCUCAGAACGAAAUGUCAAUCCACGAGAAGUGGACCGUGCGUUGGCUAAUGGGGAUCCGUAUGCAUUAUUGAGAGCGCUGAGGUUGGAUGAUGUUGUUCCAUAUUCUGUUGCGGUGGGAUGAUGAAGCCUGAUGCGGAUAUGGAGAAGUAAAUUCCUCAGUUUGUACUAUGUGCAAUAAUAAUAUACACCAAAAAAUAAACCAAGUACGUUAAUAUUACUUUUUUCCCUCUGGUCAACAGAGCAUCAAUACUUGCAGAUGAAUACAACACACUAAGUCCUCAUUGUCAGUAGUAAUCAUGCGAUGUCUCUCAAAUGUGCAUGCAAAAGAAAGAGAACAUUAAGUGACUGAUCUAUAGUUGCUAUGUUAAUAAUAUUAAAAGG